AUGUUUUCCAAGCUCUUCAUUGCCGUUACCACCUUGAUGCCAAUUUUGGCCAUGGCAGCCCCCCAGGUUGAUACUACCAUUCAUGCUUCCCUUUGGAGUGAACCAGAUCGAGGAGGUCCCCAACAGAAUAUCCUCGACACCAAUUGCCACGAUCUGGACCUGAACCAGUAUGCUUCUCAAUCUAUCAUCUCUGCAGAUGAGCUUUAUACUGAUGGUAUUUCCACAGCUUCCACCAUCUUGGCUCAGCGGAAACCACUCCUCCCCAUGCCUGCAAUCUAUAUGGUGUUCCCCAAUGCGGUGGACCAGUUUUGUGUACCUUUGGUUUAUAUGUAG